AUUUCUAGCUCUGUAAUCGACACAUUUCAGUACCUAUAGUUAUCUCGCUCUAUCAGCCCUCUUUUAAGACGACGCGCGAUUGUAAUUUGUUAAUAUUAUUUAGUUUUUAGUUCUGUAAUUUUGAUAAUGUCUGCGUUUCUGGAUAAGCUAUCGGGGAGCCAGUGCGUUAGCCUGGAAAAGUGCGGCGAUGUGGUUGUCUCGACCAACGACUGUAUGAUUGCACUUUACUGUCACUUCUGCCGGGACCUUUUCACACAACUGCCGGAGUUCUUGAGACACCUCCAGGGCGCCCAUUCGGAUGUGCUGCACUUCACCAAGGAGCACAAUGUGUACAGCGUGGAGGAGUUGAUGUCUGGUGAACAGGACGAUGCCCAGGAGGAUGCCCACUCGGCGGGGCACAACAGUAGCAGCGGUGACUCCAGGAUACCGGCGAAAUCAGAGGAUUCAAGGGCCAUCGAUGCGUCCGAGGAUAAUUCGGACAAUAGCCCAGUAAAAUCUGAACAAAAAGGCAUGCAGAAUGAAAUAAACCUUCUGGCAGAAGUGACAAACAUUUUAUUGCAAAGCAAAGAGAGGGAACACAUUAAUAAUGAAUCAAAACCCGAAAAUGGCGGAUUCAAUGGACCCUGCAAGAAGGCUAGUAGCGAGAGCAAUUCUCUGAGAAUAUGCGAUCUAAAGAGUCAUACUAUUGCAAGGACUUCGAGAAAGCGAAUGAGCAUGUUAAAGAACCGCAUCCUACGAGUUAUUGACAGCGAUGUGUCUGCUAAGCGUGAAAUGAAACCGUCUGAGCCCAACUACAUACUCCCUAUAACUGAGACCAUCCAAGAAGACAACAUACCUAAAAUAUGUUUUGAAACUCAGCCUAAGCCCAUACCGAGCUCAUCUAAUUUAAGUGUAAGAAAGUCUUCUUUAUCAGAGCCAAACGUCUCAUUGGCGUGUACCAAUUAUGCCGCGAAAAAAACAACGCUUACCAUACCUAAGCUACUGAACUGCACACCAAAGUCCAAUUUACCUUGUCAGCAAUCUCAGGUUUAUUCCGAUUCAAAUGGGAGAAGUGAAACUUAUCAUAUCUCCAAAGCAACUAGUCAAGGAUCAAAAGAAAUGGAGUCAUUCCCUGUAAAAAUAACCCAAAUAGAUGUUUUACCACCACUUAUAUUACCUGAAACUUCAACUACGCCCAAUCAAAAAGAGCGUGUCAAUGCCCUAGUGGAGAAUAACACGGUGAAUUUAUACACCGCCCAAAAUCUGCCCAAAGAAAAACCUAAAAAGUUUUUCAAAAAGCGUGGCGAAUUAUGGAUGAAAAGUGAAGACAGUCCUAGCAAAAGUGUAAAAAUAACAAAGUACAGGGGAAACCCUAUUAUAGUAAAACGGGUGCAGACCUCCAGUGCCAAAUCUAGUCCAUGCAAAACCCAAAUACGAUCUAAUGACAAAACGAAAUGUUUUGCUUCUGAGUUCAACAGCACAAAGAUUCGCAAAUUAAAGAUGGAAAAUUCCAUCGCCCUUAAGAAGGAGGACCCCUGCUCCAAUAAAAGUAUCCGUUUAAGCAAAAUGGCAACAAUAAGCAGUUGCGAAAUAUUAAAAGUCGUUGGAUUGCCGGCAAUCACAGAUCAAAAACUCGAGGAUACAUUAUUGCUAGACGAGUUAGAAACGAUGCGAAAAAAGGCAGAUCAAUUUAGCAAAAUCUACAAGAAGUAUGAUUCUAUUUGGAAUUAUAGGAAAAUUUUCCCUCCCGGAAAACCUGAGUUUAUUUCUCAGAAAAUGUUCGCUUUAACUCGAGAAGUUAACGAGACAAUGGGAUGCAACCUGGCUAACAGCGCUAUAAAAAGCAUUAUUAAUCAGAUUUCAGUUUGGCAUUACAAUAUAUAUACCAAAUGUAUUGUCUUGGAUACCAUUUCGGAAACUGCCCGACAUACUUUAAAGCUAUUCUCGUUUUUGCCUGUUAGUUUUGCCUACUUUUGCAAGUGUUGCGACGAUAUUUUCACCUUAAACGAAGACUACACAAGGCAUUUGGUUUCUCAGCAAGCCCGGUAUCAGUGCACAAAAUGCAUUAAAGCAUUUAAGUACCGGGGACACUUUGAGAAGCACUUGCAAAACGUUCAUCCUUAAGAAACCAUGUGCCAUUAACGAUUCGUUAGAUUUCAAUUUUUUCAACACUACAUAUGUAUCUGUCAAAAAAGGAUUCCAAAAAAUGUUGAUAACCAAUUUUUGUAAAAAACUUUACAAUUUGAAUUCGAUGAUCUUUUCUAAUAAAUCACCACGUUUUGUUUACUAAA